UCACAAAUGAGUAUAAAUGUGAGUUGUUAGAUGAACACACACAAUGUUGUGCGCAGAAAGAAAUGGUUGUGGAAUUGUAGUAGUUAGUAACACCGAGCCAACCUCUAUUUUUCUUUUUCAAGUCUCAAAUAUAUAUAUUCACUCUCUCUCUAGAUCUCUCUCUCUCUUCACACCAGAAAGAAAUUAAAUGUUCUUCCAACACAUUUUGUUGAAAACUACAAGUGGUAAUUAAUUUCAUGAGAAGCAGCAGCAACGUUAUUACAUUCUUGAAGAUAAUUAUGAGGAGCAGAAGCUGCAUUGUGUUUGUGUUACUAAUAAGUUUGGGAUCUUUUUCUUACAUGGCCGCCGAAUCUUCAUUAUUAUUAUUACAUGAUGAUGAUGGCCGCCGCCUCAACAAUUUCACUGCUAUUCCCGGUCAGCAUCCCAGCCCCGAACUCGUUGCUCACCAUCUUCACAGAAUAGUGAACGCGUCGUUGUCAAGAAGAGAAACGCUAUCGUCCUACACAACCACAACCGGUGCCCGCGACCAUUAUGCCUGCCCUACGGGCAACCCAAUCGACGACUGCUGGCGGUGCGACCCCAACUGGCGUCUCAACCGCCAGCGUCUCGCCGACUGCGCCAUCGGCUUCGGCCAGUACGCACUCGGCGGGAAGGGGGGCCGCUACUACGUAGUAACGGACUCCUCCGACCGCGAUGCCGUCAACCCGAAGCCCGGAACCCUCCGCUACGCCGUCAUCCAAACGGAGCCACUCUGGAUCGUCUUCCCCUCCAACAUGCUCAUCCACCUCUCCCAAGAACUCAUCUUCAACUCGUUCAAAACCCUCGACGGCCGCGGCGCCAACGUCCACAUCACCGGCGGCGGGUGCAUCACGCUCCAGUACGUCAGCAACGUGAUCAUCCACAACGUCCACGUCCACCACUGCUACCAAUCCGGAGAAACAAACGUCCGUUCGAGCCCCACGCACUACGGGUGGCGGACGAAAUCGGACGGGGACGGAAUAUCCGUGUUCGGGUCGAGGGACAUAUGGAUCGACCACUGCGCGCUGUGGCACUGCAAGGACGGGCUGAUCGACGUGGUGAUGGGGUCCACGGGGGUGACGAUAUCGAACAACCACUUCGCGCACCACAAUGAGGUGAUCCUGUUGGGACACAGCGACGAUUACAUGCCGGAUUCGGGGAUGCAGGUGACGAUAGCGUUCAACCAUUUCGGGGAGAGACUGAUACAGAGGAUGCCGAGGUGUAGGAGAGGGUAUAUACAUGUAGUUAAUAAUGAUUUCACGAGGUGGGAAAUGUAUGCAAUUGGAGGUAGUGGUAAUCCCACCAUUAAUAGCCAGGGGAAUCGUUACAUGGCUCCCUUUGAUCGCAAUGCCAAGGAGAUAACGAAGCGCGUGGACACAUCGGAGGAGAAGUGGAGGGAUUGGAACUGGAGAAGCGAAGGGGAUAUAAUGGGAAAUGGAGCAUACUUUGUUGCUUCCGGAGAAGGUGUUGAAGUUAAAUAUGAGAAGGCGUACAGCGUCGAGCCCAAAUCUGCUGCUUAUAUUGACCAAUUAACCCUCAACGCCGGUGUCCUUGGCACCAGCAGGGGUAACAAUUUGGGGAAGUGGACGGCCGAAAACAAUGGUUUGGGAGCUUAUGACGAUGCAAAUUCAGGCGUAUUCGAGGACUACGAUGACUAUUCGGGGAGCCAAAGGCGUUAUUGCUCCGAUAAUUUCACUCUCGUUAUAAUUUCUCUUACGGCCUUGAUCGUGUGUUUUUCUUUCCAAGUCUGAAAUGAUUUCGGGACAAGGCUCGAAGAAGUUGUUAGUGUCCUUAGUUCCCUCGUGUAGUUUAGUUGUCUUUUUACAUCAGGAAUGUUGAUGUAAUUGGAUUCUCGGUUAAUCUUAGGAAAUGGCUAAUUAGUUCCACUUUGCACGUGUGAGAUGUAGCAUUUUGAUACUUAGUGUUGAUGUAAUUGGAUUCUCGUUAAUCUUAGAAAAUGGCUUAGUUCCACCUUGUGGACGGGA